AUGGCUCAAGGUUCAGUGAAGAAAAACAAGCCCGCCGCUGCGACAGCGAAGCGGUCUUCACUCCUCGCUUCUCGCACCAAGCGUGGUCCCAGGCAGGUCGCCCCCAAGAAGGCUUUGCUGGUGAAGGCGGCGAAGUUGAACAAGAAACUCACCUCCGGCCUCGUGGGAAAGACUGAACGCAGUCUUGCGUCGAAGGCGGGUCACUUGGAGUUGUUGGCUGGUGGAAAAAAGGAAAGACUUGACAAGAAGAACAAGGCCACCGCCGCCGCGAAGAAAUAA